AUGGUUGGAGACAGAGCAUCAUUUACGACGUUUGGGCUUUAUGCUUUCCAGAAUUCCGAGAACGAUUAUCAGCUCAUAUCGGCAAACUGUAUCAGGACGUUUGCAACUUUGUUCGAAUGCUUUUCACGUUGUGAAUUGAUGACUCCUGAAAAAAUGAAUAGUUUCAGCGCUAUGGACGCAUUGACUAAGGCAAACCGGUUGAUCAACGAAAAAUCCCCAUAUCUGUUACAGCAUGCAUAUAACCCUGUCGAUUGGUAUGCAUGGGAUGAGGAAGCGUUCAGAAGAGCGAAGGAAUUGAAUCGUUUAAUAUUCCUUUCAAUUGGUUAUUCCACUUGUCACUGGUGUCAUGUUAUGGAACGUGAAUCAUUUGAAAAUGAGGAGGUUGCUAAGGCUUUAAACGACAAUUUCAUUAGUAUAAAGGUGGAUCGAGAAGAGCGUCCUGAUGUAGAUAAAGUGUAUAUGACGUUUGUGCAAAUGACAAAUGGAAAUGGAGGUUGGCCUUUAAGUGUUUUUCUUACUCCAGAUUGUCUUCCUGUUUUUGGAGGAACUUAUUUUCCCCCUCAUGACAUGUACGGAAGGAUAGGACUUCUUUCUUUGCUGAAAAUCCUCGCUGAAAAGUGGCAGAAACAAGGGGAUAUGAUAAAAAAACAGGGGGAGGAACUUCUCAAACUUAUAGUAGCGGCAUCAAAGACGAAAAGAUCAACGUUACCUGAGCUUAAAAUCGUUUUAAAUACUUGCUUCGAACACUAUCAAGGUGCUUUUGAUGAGGAGAACAAAGGGUUUGGUGGCGCGCCGAAGUUUCCUCGCCCAGUAGAUCUGGAUUUUCUUUUGUGUUGUUAUGGUGUUAUGGAAGAAACUGAGAAAAAGAACUUUGCUUUACGAUCUGUUGGUGAGACGUUGCAGAGUUUGCUUCGUGGUGGAAUACAUGACCAUAUUGGGAAGGGGUUUCAUAGAUAUUCAGUAGAUGCUGGGUGGAAGGUUCCUCAUUUUGAAAAGAUGUUGUAUGAUCAGGGACAGUUAAUGACUACGUUUUCAAAUUACUCUAUAAUUACUGGUGAACUUAAAGAAGGGAUCCGGGAUAUUGCCGAAUAUGUUCAUAAUAAUUUAACUCAUGAGUUGGGAGGUUUCUAUACCGCGGAGGAUGCUGACUCAUUCCCUUCUAAAAAUUCGAAGGAGAAAGUUGAGGGAGCAUUUUACGUUUGGGAGGCAAAAGAACUGGACAGCAUACUAGAUCGUAGUGACGUGCGUGGGGCUUUAGGAUGCCAAGUGUCAGAAAUAUUCAAAGAUUACUUUGACGUCAAACCACUUGGAAAUGUUCCUGUGAAUCUGGUGGCCUCAAAAGUUAUGCCACAGGAUCAGCACGAAGAACUUUCGAAGAAAAACGUGUUGAGAAUUGGAAGUUACAGUGGCGAAAUUGCAUCAAAAUAUGACAUUGCAAAGUCAGCUUUGGAAGAUCUAGUCGAGCGUUGCAAGCGUAUUCUCUACAAAGCACGUCAGGAACGCCCCAGACCUCAUCUUGAUAGGAAGAUAGUGACGGCCUUCAAUGGUUUAAUGAUCUCCGGCUUGGCCCGUGGAUUUGUUGCUUUGGGGGAAAAAGAGUUGGCAAAUAGAGCAGUAAAAGCAGUUAAUUUUGUAAAAGAGCAUCUUUACUGUGCUGAAGGUAAUGGACUGAUACGCUGUGUGUACGUUAAUGAGAAAGGCGAAAUCGUGCACAAAAGUGUCAAGACGAAAGGAUUUGCCGACGAUUAUGCCUUUUUCAUCCAGGGUUUACUGGAUCUCUACGAGUCCGUUUUUGAUGAGUCAUUAUUGGAAUUUGCUAAGCAGCUCCAGGUCACGUUUGAUGAACUCUUUUGGGACUCUGCAUCUGACUGUGGUUACUAUAACAGUGAAAGUAGUUCUACAGUCAUUGUGAGGGUGAAAGAAGUUGCAUUGGUAAAGGGUUUUUCACGUUUACUUUCAGAACAAGAUAAUGCGGAGCCAAUGGCCAACUCCGUUGCUGCUUCAAACUUGUUACGUCUCGGAACUAUCUUGGACAAGAAAAAUUACUUAAAGAGAGCGAAAAACAUCUUGGCAGGGUAUGCAGAACAUAUUGGGGAAAUUCCUUUUGCUUUACCAAAGAUGGUUACUGCUCUACUGAAGCUGACUGAACCUUUCAAUCAGAUAAUCGUUGUUGGCAGCUCAGAAGAUACUCGGGUUCUUGAAAUGAUUCAAGUAAUCAACAGCUUUUUUAUACCAAACAGUUGCCUGUUGCUUGUCGGCAAGUCUAAUAGUUUUUUGCUCAAAGAAAACAGCCACUUGGAGACUCUAGUGUCUUCUGUAACUGUUCCUACAGUAUUUAUCUGUAACGAUAUGGGAUGCUGUGCUCCUAUUACCAAUGUUGUCCGUUUGAAGGAAGUUCUUUCUACUUUGUAG